CAAAAAAAAAAAAGAAAAAAAAUUCUUACGCUGGUGGGGUUUACUGUCUGAUAAGGACACAGCCCAGAAACACCAUUAAUGAGUAAAUCACUUUGUCGUCAGCGGUAAGAGUGGGAAAGAAUCGGUCGGGGGAACACGGAAUCCAGGGGGUGGGGCGAGACAGACCCUCCUUAUCUGAGGAGCGGCAAGUUCCCAUCACAAUCCUGCCCGCGCCUGCCCCACCCCCACUCGCCCUGAGCCGAGGGCGGGAGCGGGAAAUUGGGAGGGGCCUGUGCCCGGGAGCAGCGGGGACCUAUCUGCUGGUGGAAGAGGACUCAGGCUAAGGUGGCCCCCACUGAAGACUCCUGCUAAGCAACCCACUGAAGACCCCUCCGAACCAUCGACGGGACGUCCUUGGCGUGCAGCCCAGGGAGCUCAGUUCAAAGGUGGGUGGGCAAUGGGGAGGCCGCAGUACCCGGACACCCAGGACAGAGGAGGCCCCUCUGCUGGGGAGAAGAGGCUCAGGCUGCGACCGCCCUGCUGCAGAACCCUCCUUUCCCGCCUCUCCGUGUCCUCCCACCGUGAUGGAGCGUCCCUGGGAGGACAGCCCAGGCCCGGAGGGGGCAGCUGAGGGCUCGCCUGUGCCAGUCGCCGCCGGGGCGCGCUCCGGUGCCGCGGCGAGUGGCACAGGCUGGCAGUCAUGGGCUGAGCGCCCGGGCCCCAAGGGGAGGGGGCAACUCUUGGCGACCGCCGGCCCUUUGCUUCGCUGACCCGCCCUGUCGCCUGCCAGCUCCAGCCCUGCCCCCUGAGCGGCGUCCGCUCACUCGGCUCAAGGCAGCGCGACUGCGGGGGGCGCACGACCAGGGCUCAGAGGAGUUCCUCGAACUUUUUCUGGAGGCCUCUGGGGAGAGGGAAGCUGGGAGCUCCCCAGCUGGGUGCAGAACCUGGGAUACGGGGUGAAGGUGGCUGGAAUCCCCUGGCUACGCGCUCCUGGCCGGACCCCUACAAGUUUCCAUACUUCAGUCCUGCUGCCGGACAUGCUGGGCCUAUGGGGGUGGCCUACCCAUCAGAGCAUGUGUAACUGUCUCCCUGUAUUUGGGCUCUCCACCUCAAGCAUGGCCUUAGGGCGCGCGGCCCAUGGAGUCGGGGCUGCUGCGGCCGGCGCCGGUGAGCGAGGUCAUCGUCCUGCAUUACAACUACACCGGCAAGCUCCGCGGUGCGCGCUACCAGCCCGGUGCGGGCCUACGCGCCGACGCCGUGGUGUGCCUGGCGGUGUGCGCCUUCAUCGUGCUAGAGAAUCUGGCCGUGCUGUUGGUGCUCGGACGCCACCCGCGCUUCCACGCGCCCAUGUUCCUGCUCCUGGGCAGCCUCACGUUGUCGGAUCUGCUGGCAGGCGCCGCCUACGCCGCCAACAUCCUACUGUCAGGGCCGCUCACGCUGCGACUGUCGCCCGCGCUCUGGUUCGCACGGGAGGGAGGCGUCUUCGUGGCACUCACCGCGUCGGUGCUGAGCCUCCUGGCCAUCGCGCUGGAGCGCAGCCUCACCAUGGCGCGCAGGGGGCCCGCGCCGGUCUCCAGUCGGGGGCGCACGAUGGCGAUGGCGGCCGCGGCCUGGGGCGUGUCGCUGCUCCUCGGGCUUCUGCCAGCGAUGGGCUGGAACUGCCUGGGUCGCCUGGACGCCUGCUCCACUGUCCUGCCGCUGUACGCCAAGGCCUACGUGCUUUUCUGUGUGCUCGCCUUCGUGGGCAUCCUGGCCGCCAUCUGUGCGCUCUACGCGCGCAUCUACUGCCAGGUGCGCGCCAACGCGCGGCGCCUACCGACGCGGCCCAGUACUGCAGGGACCACCUCGACCCGGGCGCGUCGCAAGCCGCGCUCGCUGGCCUUGCUGCGCACGCUCAGCGUGGUGCUCCUGGCCUUUGUGGCAUGUUGGGGUCCGCUCUUCCUGCUGCUGUUACUUGACGUGGCGUGCCCGGCGCGCGCCUGUCCUGUACUCCUGCAGGCUGAUCCCUUCCUGGGACUGGCCAUGGCCAACUCACUUCUGAACCCCAUCAUCUACACGCUCACCAACCGCGACCUGCGCUACGCGAUCCUGCGCCUCCUCUGCUGCGGCCGCCACUCCUGCGGCAGAGGCCUGGGUGGCUCCCAGAAGUCGGGAAGCGCGGCUGAGGCUUCCGGGGGCCUGCGCGACUGCCUGCCCCCGGGCCUGGAUGGAAGCUUCAGCCGCUCGGAGCGCUCGUCGCCCCAGCACGACGGGCGGGACACCAGCGGCAUCACAGGCAGCCCUGAUGCACCAACAGCCGCCCGGACUCUGGUACCAGCACCGGCUGCAGACUGACAUCCUUGGCCCACGACUGUUCUCCCAAGUUUUACACACUUGUUCUUUUUACGUAAAGGAAUUUGUAGGAAAUGCAGCUGAAGGUGCAGUCGGAAAAGAUGCAGGGAAAUGUAUUUAUGGAGCGACACCCCACAAAAGUGAACAAACAGAAAAAAAUCUGUGUCCUCGUGGAAUUGACGUUCUGCUUGGGAUCACAGAAAAGAACUCGGUGAUGAAAUAAUGGAGAUGAUUCCAGUGACACACGACAGAGAUGGCAAUGGUGGCCAGGGAAGGCCUCUCUGCAGAGCUAGUGACUUGUGAUGUGAGCUGAGGCUUCUGUCCUGGGAAGACCAAAAGAAAAAGCAUUUCAGGAUGAGGGAAUGGCAUGCACAAAGGCGGUGAGGCUGAAAUGUGCCCGUGUGUUCUAAGAAAUGCAGGGAUGCCCGUGUGCCGGGAGCAGGGAUGGAAGGGGAGAAUGGGAAGAGACAAGGAGCUGAAGGAGAAGUUCCGGAAGGACCUUGUGGGUGACAUGGAGGACUUCACUGUUGCUCUGAGUAAGGUGGGAGCCAUAGAAGGUUCUAAGCUGAGGAGGGACUUGCCCUGAUUCAGAUGAUCACAGGCGUCUUGUGGCCUCCAUCGGAGGGUGAAAGCCAGAGAAGGUGAAGGGGGGCUGCACUGAGCCAUAGGAACAACGAUGGAGAUUCCAGUUAAGCCCAGACCCGGUGGAUUCUAGAUAGAUUUUGGAGGCAGCAGACAGAAUUACUGAGGAAUUGAGUGUAAGAGUGGAAUAAAGUUGUCAAGGACAAUGCCAAGGGCAGGGUAUCCCCACAUUUGACUCUGGGAGACUCAGCCAAAUCCUAUGUGAUAAUAAAAUUUCUUUUUUAUUUUUC